AUGUCUGCAAAUACGAAAAUUCCCCGGAAUUUUAGGCUCCUAGAGGAGCUAGAGAAGGGUGAGAAGGGCUUGGGAGCAGAGGCCUGCUCCUACGGUCUUGCUGAUGGCGAGGACAUGAUGAUGAGCAACUGGAAUGGAACCCUCCUGGGGCCCCCUCAUAGCGUCCACGAGAACAGGAUAUACAGUCUCAACAUCCAUUGUGGUCCUGACUACCCCGAUAGCCCUCCAACUCUUCAAUUUAUCUCGCGCGUCAAUAUCCCAUGCGUUGAGCCACACUCCGGCAAGGUCGACCCCGCGAAGUUGCCCUGUCUGGCACAGUGGAAGCGCGAUUAUACCAUGGAGACUGUCCUAAUUGAGCUUAGAAGGUACAUGGCUUUACCGCAACAUAAGAAAAUUCCCCAGCCUCCGGAGGGCUCGAAUUUCUAA